AGGUGGCUGCGGCUCCCUAGGCUCAGAGCUGCGCACCGGGAGCGGAGCUGAGGUGCAGCGCCACCCCGAGCGCCGAGCGCCAUGUACGACCCAGAGCGCUGCUCGAGUCUGUCGUUCGCCGGCUGCGGCUUCCUGGGCUUCUACCACAUCGGGGCCACGCUGUGUCUGAGCGAGCGCGCCCCGCACCUCCUCGGCGAGGCGCGCACGUUCUUCGGCUGCUCGGCCGGUGCGCUGCACGCGGUCGCCUUCGUAUGCAGACUCCCUCUCGAUCAGAUCAUGGAGAUCCUCAUGGACCUCGUGCGGAAAGCCAGGAGACGCAACAUUGGCUCCCUCCAUCCAUUCUUCAACAUUAACAAGUGCGUCCGAGAUGGGCUCCAGGAGACCCUCCCAGACAAUGUCCACCAGAUCAUUUCUGGCAAGGUUUACAUCUCCCUCACCAGGGUGUCGGAUGGAGAGAAUGUGCUGGUGUCUGAUUUCCAUUCCAAAGAUGAAGUGGUGGAUGCCCUGGUGUGCUCCUGCUUCAUCCCUUUCUUCUCAGGCCUAAUCCCUCCUUCCUUCCGGGGUGAGCGGUACGUGGAUGGAGGCGUGAGUGACAAUGUCCCCCUGCUGGAUGCCAAAACCACCAUCACAGUGUCCCCUUUCUAUGGCGAGCAUGACAUCUGCCCCAAAGUCAAGUCUACCAACUUCUUCCAGGUGAAUGUCACCAACCUCAGUCUCCGCCUCUGUACUAGGAACCUCCACCUUCUAAGCAGAGCGCUCUUCCCACCGGAUGUGAAGGUGAUGGGAGAGCUGUGCUUUCAAGGGUACCUGGACGCCUUCCGGUUCCUGGCAGAGAACGGCAUCUGUAAUGGGCCACAGCCCGGCCUGAGUCUGUCCUCAGAGGAGAUGGAGUCAGAAGCCACGCCGCUCUGCCCGGAAAACAUGGGGGACAAGCUACCAGCCAGCCUGUACCUUACAGCUGUGCCCUGGGAUGAGAGCAUCCAGGAGACCUUGUCCCCCCAGCUCAGCACAGCUCUGAGUGAAGCGAUUAAGGACAGAGACGGCUACCUGAGCAAAGCCUGCAACCUCUUGCCCAUCAGAAUUCUGUCUUACAUCAUGCUGCCCUGUACUCUGCCUGUCGAGUUGGCCAUUGCUACAGUCCACAGGUUAGUGACGUGGCUCCCUGACAUCCCUGAUGAUAUCCAGUGGCUGCAGUGGGCAACGUCCCAGGUGUGUGCCCGAGUGACCAUGUGCCUGCUCCCCUCAGCCAGACGCACUUCUCUGGUGGAAUACUGCGCCCCAGCAAGCAAGGAUUCAGUGUCCCAGGAGGUUCCUGUGAAGAUCUGCGAGACCUGAGCAGAGACUGGGUUCUCACCAGAUUCCUACAGUACUGGAGACCCAGAGCCUUGGGAAGGGCCUCCAACCUUCCUUCCUUCUUUUCCAUUCAGAUCCCAAGCACCCAAGAGUGACCAUGGAAUACCCAAGCAUGGACACCACUCAUCGCUACACAAACCCCGGUGCAGCUCUGCCGGCUUGUAAAUUGCUGGUCUCUCUGCUUCCUAUGAACUUGUACAUUCCCCCUGGGGAUGGUCCAGGAGGGGCCAAAGCUGAGGCCAUCUUGCCUUCCACCCCGAAGCCCAGCUUGACCUGCAGCUGGAGCAAUGGUGUCUGGAUGGUGGGAGGGUGGGUGGGGUUGUUAUACUCUCUAUUAUACAGUAGAAAGGGUUCUGUGACUUGUGGAGGUGUCUAGGAAAUUACUCUGGAGGAGUUGAGCCCCUGGGUGCUGUGUGGUGACCUCAUGCCUCUGACCCCAGGAUGACAGGAUCUGGGCUAAAUUGGUAGUUUAUAGAAAUCAAAGGCAAUGAUUUGGUUUUCAGAAAGCCACUUUUGGUCUGGGUGAAGUCUGGUGCUUGAGAGCUCACCAAGAGAGGAGGCUCCACUGUCUCUCAGCCUGUGAAUGAUCUGGGAUGCCAAGCAAGGGCAGCAGUGUUUGGAAACAGGAAUCCAAACUGGGCGAUCUCAUAAGGAAAAUUGUUGGAGAAGUAUAAUGGGAUGGGAUGUGGCUGUCUCUGAGAAGUAAUAUAAGCUAACUUAAUACAUUCAGGGACACCAUUGGCUCUUACUAAAAUAGUUUAUAAAGAAUUUUAUAUAGGGCUGGAGAGAUGGCUCAGAGAUUAAGAGCGCUGGCUGUUCUUUCAGAAGUCCUGAGUUCAACUCUCUGUAUCCACAUAGUGGCUCACAACCAUCUAUAAUGAGAUCUGGUGCCCUCUUCUGGCCUGCAGGCAUACAUGCAGGCAGAACACUAUAUAUACAAUAAAUACAUAAAUCUUAAAAAAAAAAAAAGAACUUUAUAUAAACACACAUAUGAUCAGUGAGCUGUGAAGAGAAUUAGCCUUAAAAUAACAUCUCUUGUAUGUGGGGGAAAACAACCCAGGCAGGAAGCACAGUGGACCUCUGCCUCUGCAUCCUCAGCCUGGCUUGCUUUCUCCACUGUUUCCAGAUCUUUGUACUGUCACCAACCAUCACUGCCUCUCCCGUCUACUCCACCAGCCUUAAUGGGGAUAGGCAUCCACUUUUCUCAGGUGUAUGUAUGCUGCGGGUGUGAUGUGUUUCCUGCAAUUCACUUAUGAGAUUAGAACAUAAAAACAAACAAACAAAAAAAAGCUUGAAACAAGGACCUGCUCAUACUCCUGAGCAUUGGCAGUGAAGGUAUAUGUCUCCCAUGUUGGAGUUUCCUGGAGUCCUAGUGAACCCUAGGUUCACACAAUCAUCACACCCUGGUGCACAUACUCUCAGCAGGGUUGAUCCUGAUUGGACAGGGGACGACUCUAGGGGAGAGAAUGUGGUUCCGAGGUAAAGCUUAGCUCUAGGCUACCCAGAAGAAAGACCGUGGAAAGAAGACAAAGUGGGAAUGGGAACGUAGCUUAACUGGCAGAAUGCUUGUCUAGCAUGCAUGACGCUGUGAGUCCAGUCUCAGCGCCACAUAAGCUGUGGUGUGACAGGCAGACAUAUCCCAGCACUCCAGCUGAAGAGCAAGAGGAUCAGAGGUUCAAGGUCAUCCUUGGCAGUUAGAGGUCAGCCUUGGCUAAGUGAGACCCUGCCUCAAAAAGACAAAAAACAAACAAAAACAAAAAAACAAACAAACCAAAAACAGCAGGAGCUUCCUUUGCCCUGCCUUGAGCUUCCCCUUUCUGGAAGUUUAUCAGCAGCAGAGAAUAUUCCUGCCACCCUAGCAAAUAAAAUUCCUGCUGGUUUGGAGCCCUGCACUGUCAGGAACACCCAGAGUGGAAAAGUUACCAUCGGGGAGCAAUGUCUUGACCUGCUAAGCAGGUAGCAAAGCUCAUUCAUUUGUUAAAAACAAGUGUGGAUACACCAAAAAUACCCACAACUGUUAAGGGAAAAGGGUUCAUAAUCAAUGUGAAAAAAUAAAUAAAUAUGAUGUUUUAAAAAUGUA